CUGCUUAAAUAAUUCAAACUCCCCUCUUCUAUCAGAAUUAUUCAGCUUCUGUGCCCUCCACCUAAAGUCUGUGUGUUUGUUGGAUUACCUGGGAGUCUGUGUCGACACCAUGGCUCUGGUCCGAGUGCUCAGAGUCCUGUGCAGCCUGCUGCUCACUUAUCACCUGGGUGAUGCCAGGAGAAUCAAUGGAAAUGGAACAGUGGACCCGAAGCCUGUCCUGAGAAUGAAGAUGCCUCACAUUACCAGCACAGUCUUCAAGCUCUACUCUAAUGGUGCUAAAGACAUUGAGGACUUGUGCACGAUGGAGGCUUUCAGGCCACAUACUCUGACCGCCUGUGGUUUCAACAGCAGUCAUCUUCUCAUCAUCAUCACCCACGGAUGGUCGAUAAACACUCUGAUGGAGAGCUGGGUGCGUCUUGCUUCUGCUCUGAAGACCAGUCUUGGAGAUGUCAACGUGAUCGUUACUGACUGGCUUCUACAGGCCAAUAUGAACUACCCUAACGCAGCCCAGAACACCAGGGCAGUGGGGAAGGACAUAGCCUUCCUGCUACUGUGGCUGCAGGAGUUUUACAAUUUUCCUGCAGAGAAGAUUAAUCUGAUUGGAUACAGUCUUGGUGCUCACGUCUCUGGAUUUGCUGGAAGCUACCUCCAGGGACCGGGAAAGAUUGGAAGAAUCACUGGUCUGGAUCCAGCAGGUCCCCUGUUUAAGGGCAUGGCAGCAUCAGACAGACUGUCCCCUGAUGAUGCCCUCUUUGUGGAUGCCAUCCACACCUACACUCAAGAACGCAUGGGGCUGAGUGUGGGCAUCAAGCAGCCUGUGGCACAUGUUGACUUCUACCCCAACGGGGGUGACUUCCAACCAGGAUGCCACCCUUUCCAAAGCUUAAUGGAACAAAUUGCCUUGCAUGGAAUCAAUGGUUUUGAGAAGACAGUGAAAUGUGCCCAUGAGCGUUCAGUCUACCUGUUCAUCGACUCCCUUCUGAACAAAGACAAACAGAUCAUGGCCUACAGAUGCAGUGAUGACAAUGCCUUUGAGAAGGGUAACUGCCUGGACUGCCGCAAGAACAUAUGCAACACUCUGGGCUACAACGUCAGGAAGGUGCGCAGUGCCGCCGGCAAGAAGCUCUACGACAAGACUCGCUCUCACAUGCCCUACAAACCUAAGUGCACACAAUGGUGUCCCAUGUUCCUUACAGACAAAACCCUCUCUUCCAUGUACUAAGGACAUACUGUAGAUGUGGUCAUUCCCAGAAUUCCAAAUGUCAGAACUCCCUCCUUGACAAGCAGGAAAAUGUGUAGUUGGCACAGGGAGGAGCCUAGAGUAAUACAUGUUAACCCCAUGGCAUUGUACUGUACUGUACAAAACCAGGAAUAACCUUUUGCAUAAGAGCUUUCUGGAACACGAGUCCAUGGUCAAUGAGACCAUAACGUUUCAUGGGAAGAGACAAACAGGGAAUUGUAGGCAUAUUACAUUGUUUGAUGCAAAGACCAUAUUAGUUGGGACACACUUUGGUCAAUAUAUGCCAUGCCAAAGUCUCACUAGGAAAUAGUUGUCUAUGGUCUAUUUCAGAUCAAGGGGACCGUUUUUGCUAUCUGUAUAAGCACUUUGUGGC